GGGUCGCAAUGGCAACUGUCCGGACGGGACGGCAGCAGCAAGUUUUGUCGUAUUUGUAAUGUUACGGAGAGAUUAUAAGUCGCUGAAGAAACUACUUUCUAAUGUGAGAAACAAACGCCACACAAUUUCUCCAGUCCGAAAAUGUCCCAGGGAUGUACAGUUUCUGUGGAAGAGAUCCAGUCUUGGUGGGAAGUCCCCGCCAUAGCCCACUUCUGCUCGCUGUUCAGGACAGCGUUCAACCUUCCAGACUUUGAAAUAGAGGAGUUGGAAAAAGCCCUGUCAGAGCAGGACUUGGACUUCCUCGGGGACCUCAUUGCCUGUCUGUUGCAGGGAUGCUACCAGCGCACUGACAUCACCCCCCAGUCAUUUAGCAGUUACCUGGAAGAUAUCAUCAGCUACCGGUGGGAACUGGAAGAGGGGAAGCCCAACCCACUCAGAGAGGGGACCUUUGAGAAUCUCCCUCCUCGCACUCAGGUGGAACUGCUGCACCGGCUCUGUGAUUACCGUCUGGAUGCUGCUGAUGUCUUUGACCUGCUUAAGGGACUGGAUGCAGACAGCCUGAGGGUGGAACCGCUGGGGCAAGAUGGAAAUGGAGCCCUCUACUGGUAUUUCUACGGCACUCGUAUGUACAAAGAAGAACCCAUCAAGAGGAAAGCAGACAAGAUCAGUGAACCCCCUGAACUAACAUUACCAGAGAAAAAGAAAAGGGGAAGACCACCAAAGAAGAGAAAGUUGGAAGACCCUCAUCUAAGUGAGGGGGAAAAAGAAGUGUCAGAAGUCAAGACAGAAAAUGGACUGGAGGAUCCUCCCCCAAGCAAAGCGGGCCGUAAGCGAGGCGUUUGGUCCCUUGUUUGUGAUACAGAGGAACAAUGGGUCAGACUGGCAGAAAGCAUCAAGGACAAAACCUCCCCACAGGACCGCCACCUCUACCGUGUCAUCAGCCAGAACUUCCUGCCUGAGAUCAGCAGCAUGAUUGAGCACAAGGAGCGGGAGCAGAAACAGAAACUACUAGACCCAGCCCCAGUUCGCACAUCACAACGGUUCUCUGAAAAACACAUCAAGCAAGAGGACGAGGACAAUCUUAAGGCUGUGGCAGAGGAGGAGAAGAAGAAAGAUGAAGACCUGGACAGGCAAGUCCUGCUGGCCGAGCAGCGACGAGAGGAGGAGAGGCUUCUGCAGGAAGAACGACAGAGGGAGAAGAUGGAGAAGAUCAAAGCUGUGGAGGAACGAGCAAAGAGGCGGAAGAUGCGAGAGGAAAAGGCCUGGUUGCUGUCUCAAGGAAAAGACCUGCCACCUGAGCUCCUGAAUCUGGAGCCUUCUUCUCCUGUCCACAGAACACGCAAGAAUAAAGAAUUCUAUGAUAUUGAUGACGACUACACUGCACUGUACAAAGUGCUUGAGGCCCUGAAAUCCCAUAAAGAUGCUUGGCCCUUCUUGGAACCUGUGGAUGACUCCUACGCCCCAAAUUACCAUGAGAUCAUCCAGACUCCCAUGGACCUGUCCACCAUUGAGAGGAAGCUUAAUGAUGGGGAGUACGUUGCUAAGGAGGAGUUUAUUGCUGACGUGAAGCUCAUGUUUGAAAACUGCGCCGAGUACAAUGGAGAAGACAGUGAGUACACUAUCAUGGCGGAGUCUCUAGAACGGUGUUUUAGUCGCGCCCUGUUAAAACACUUUCCAUCAGAGGAUGGUGACACAGACGAGGAAUUUCACAUCAGUCGAGAAGACAAGGAGCGCAAGGACAAAAAGCGCAACCGUAGCAAUAAACAUUUGGGACCUGAAAGCCUGAUCAAGGCCACUGAGCAAGUCCAGCGUAAGCGAACCUCGCAGGGGGGCAGUGGGAGCACAGCCUCUGAGGAUGAGGACAACAAGCUGAUACGACCACCUCCUCCCCCUCACUGGGCCAAUGGCCCCCCUCACCUCCGCAGCCUGCCUCCAAGCCAACAACGUAUCCAUGAAGGAGACAUUAGGGCCAUGUACCACCCAGGGCAACAGCUCCAUCGUCCACCUGGUCCUCAUGGCCCUCAUGGUCCACACAUGUAUGCCCAAAGAAUGGCCAUGGAUCCCCGCUUCGCCUACCCAGCUCACAUUCCCAGGCACGGAGACCCCAACUUGAACCACUUGCCCCGCAACUUCAACAUGCAGCAUCGCAUGGUUGAUGGACAUCACAUGGGCCCCAGGUAUCCAGUUGGCCCAGAUCCUAACCAGCAGCAGCCUCCACACCAGCAGCAGCACCCCUACAUGGGUCCAACUCAUGGUCCGUCUCUGGGCCCACGCCCCAUGGCCCUACAGCCUGGACCUCCUCCUGAAGCCAGCAUGUACCCAUCCCACCACCAUCCAGAGGGCCACACCAUGCACCCCAUGGGCAACAGAUUCUCAGGACCACCAGAUGGACCACCUCAGCACAACUACCCAGGCCUGAGGCCUCCUGGUAUGGGCCUAUCCAACAUGUGGACUGGUAUGAAUCACCAGGAGAGACCCAAUGGGAUGCGCAUGCAAGAUCCCAACAUGGUGAACCAGCGCAACUUUAGUUACGGUGGAGUCCCACCUCCAGUUGGGCAUAAGCCAUGGCCAGAAGCUGCUGGAUACCCCCACCCUCCUCCCAAUGCCCAGUAUCAAAUGUCUGCGGGGGUCAGCUCCCAGGGGCCCAUGUCCUCACGUCCCCCUGGUCCCCACCCAGACUCCUCUGGCAGGACACGCUUGGCCUCCAUGCUGGAAAGCCCAGAGAUGCUGGCCCUGCAGCAGCUGUCAGCCUCCUCUGGACCCCCUGCUGGUGCCCCUCAUCAGCACAUGGGCAACUUUCAGCAGCCUGGGCCCCCAUCAGGAAUUGGCAGCAUCCCAGCUCACCCCUCUCAGCAGCCUCCCCCUGCCCCUGAGGUUCAGCUGCUGCGUCCUGCUAGAGACAAUGGGCCAGACAGCCAGCCUUCCCAAAAGACAGACAUGCAGCCCAAAGGCACAACAUUGGAGAACAAAAUGGCUGCCAACAACAUUUCUGAUGAAGCUUCAUCACACAAAAACACUGUUUCAAUUAAUCAAGAGCACCCGUCCAACCCUAGUCCCACAGGACCUCACAGUGGGGCAACAGAGGGAAUGCAAAGCCCCCCAACCCCUAACUUGGGCAGAUCACAGGAGAAUCCGUCUGGACCAGGACUCCCACAGAGUUUAACAGAGAGCCACAAGCAGGAGGUAGAUGGCCAGAGACAAUCUGCCAGCCACUGUCCUCCUCAACACAAUAGUGCCAUUACUGUUUCAUCUCAUCUCAACACAAGUAACAACAGCUCCACUGAUCCCACUCCACCCAACCCCCCUCAGCACAUGCAGAACAGUCCACAGCAAAAUGCUCCAAGCCCUGCACUUGUUCCCCAGAAUGUACUGCCACUGCAUGUAUCAGCACCUCAGAGUUCCAGUCAACCAGUGUCAGAGAAAAACUUACCACACAUGCAGAAUACACAUCAGCAAACUGAACACCAGGAGAACAUCCAAAAACACCAGCAGCAGCAACCUCAGGCAACCCAGAGUACCUCUCCAGGCCACCCUCCUAACUCUCCUCAGCUGAUGACCCAGAAUGCACAGCAACAGGAUUCUCUUCUACCCUCUCAUCAUGCCCCCCAAAACAUCUCUCCGCAGCGUCCCACACAGAACAGCCCCAUGCAUGGGAUGCCACAGAGUGCCACACAAGGAGCCCAGCCCGGGCCCCCUCAGCCAGCUCCUCUCACAUCUUUGCCACCCAGUCAUCCUACCCCACUAUUACCGUCCCAGCCUAGCCCAGCAGACCACGGAAAUCAAAGACCUAGUGAGCCUACAAGUAGACCGGACAGUGAAGGUACUGCUGUUCCUGCACAGCACACCAUGAUGAAAUCCGGACCACCAAAUGGUAUUUAUAAACACCAGAAUUUUAGCCCCAAUCACCAUCAAACCCAGAUGGUUGGUAGUAACGCAGGUAUGCAGGGUCAGAGAGGGCCCUCACCUGGACACAAUCCAGCCAUGCCUCCUCACUCCCAAGGCCAGGUAAAUGGAGCCAUGGGUCCAUACAACAUGGGGAACCCUCCACAUCCACACUACAGCCAGACCAACAUGGUCAGGUCCAUGCCUCCAUCUGCUCACCACCCUUACCACAACCAGGCCAUUAACCCCCUCCACAAUCCUGCUCACCACCCCACCUACCACCAGCAGGGAGGGACUGGCUAUUCCUACCACAUGCCAGGCCAGCACCACCCUCAACGCCAUCCCAACAUGUACCCACCUCAUCAGUACCAGCAGCAACACUACUACCCUCAGCCCCAUCCACAAGCUCAGACCCAUAACCAAGCCAACAGUCGAGGGGGUUAUCCUCCAGAGGAGUGGCAUCGGUCUCAUUAUCAGCCUCGUCAGCCAAUGCCACCUAAUGCCUACUUACCUGUAGCUAGUGCCAGGGGCAGCGGUCAGUCGAAGGAGAGUAGUGUGUCCCCUCUGGGCCCUGAGGGCUCCGGUGGUGCUACUUUAGUGUCAUCUGGCCCUGUGACUGAAGCAGGGUCACAUCCUGGAGGUCCAGAGGAGGGGAGGUGUGAAAGCAGGGUGCAGGGCGACAGUCCAGCAAAGCAGGCUCAUACUGAAAGUUCAGACCGACCCGAAAGCCCGAAAGAAAUUCUGGACCUUGACAGCCACAACGCUCGCCGCCGUAGCACUCAUCCAUCUCAACAGCAACACCCACCUGCCUCCGCUGCACACAUGGCACCUGGCUUCAUGUACGACCCUCGUGCCAUGCACCCUGGGAUGCAGCAAGGCGGCGUUCCUCCGCCACAUGUUAUGUCUCAGGCCCGAGGAGUUGGGAACGGAAGCCCUUACCCUGGCCAGCCAUACCCAGAUCCAGGGCGCUAUGCUGCCCAAAGACCUCACCCACACCUAAUGGAAGCCCUGCAGCGGCCCCAGCAGCUGCCUUACUCCCCAGGUCAGACUCGCAUGGCCAUGUACCGACAUCCCCGGCCUGCUGGCCACUUCCAGGGUAUGAUGAUUCAGCAGAGAGGCCUGGCACCGGAACACUUCCUACACCCAGGGCAACAAAUGAUGACUGCUCCAGGCGGCCCCAGCAGUAAACAGGGCGUGUGACAUGCAUACAUGUGAUCAGAACAUGUUAUUAUCUCAGAGCAUCUGGACAAAGCAGUGAGCUGAAAGGAAGACUUUAGUUACCUGGUGGCUGGGCAGACAGAGACUACAGCAGGGGAUGCUUUGCUUUGCAUCCAUCUUUUAGUGAUAUUUUUUACACUGGACAAAAACCUUUGGUUCUGUUUUGUCCCCCCGCCCCAUUGGACUUGAAGAUCCGGCCAGGCAGCUGGUGUUGCUAAGAUGAAAAUAAUGUGAAAUUAAAGUUGUUAUUGAGCCCUGGAGAACAGUUCCCCUGCUUUUCUCCACCCCAAGCUCACAGUGGUUAGUAACAGAAUAGCUCUGUGGAACUGGUGGGGAUUCACUUUAUCGCUCACCUCACCAGAACGGUUGCUUCCCAUCAUGAGCGUUCAAACUUGGAUCCUCCAGCAGAAGGGCAGCCUUUUGAACCACUAGGCCAACCUGCCAAACACAGGGGACACUGCCUUCAAGAACACUGGACAGCCCUUUCCUCUUUGAGGUAGUGGAAAUAUUAAUGGAGUAAAGGUCACUGGACACAGUCUGCCUAUCUCAUUCACAGACUGUAGUGCUCUGUAUGGCUGUAAAUCCACUGACAGGACUGAGGAGGACUGUGAUAAAGAGGAAAGGGGUUGUUGUUGUUGUUUUUUUACUGCUAUUCUCUGUUCCAACCAUAUCUUAAAACUCAGGUGUAGAAAAGGAGGUACUAUGAGACUGUCACCCUGACCCAGUCAACUCACAGGCCCCUUGCAAACUGCCUUGGUUUCCUUUGUGAAUGUAUGAGUGAAUGUGUAAGUGCAGCGCAGGAGCUGCAUGUGAAAGGGCACGAACACUGAUCAUUUGUCUGAAGCAUGAACCGUCCUGAAAAGUUACUUCCACCCCCAAACUCCCAGCAGUGUUUCUCUACUUCUGGAGUUAACACACAGUAUAUGCAUCUUUCAGAGCUGCCUUCAUAGAUAAGAAUGUCUGACUAGCAGAGAGGGACCGACAAGGAUGGCGUUACUCGUAUCUGACUAUACCUGACUCUGUUAUGCACUAUAUGGUUUUUGUUAGUCUGGACAUCCUGGAAUUGAGAGGCCUUGGACAGACUUGUUUUCAGUCAAUGCCUGUUAAACAUAUAUAUGUAUGAAGAUAUAUAUAUAUAUAAAUUAACCCUUCACUGCAGAGAUGUACCUCCUGUCCUGGAUGAGGCAAAUCUAAAAUUCUCACACAGUGACAUGUCAUAUCAUAAGUGUGACUUUCUUUUUUCAUUCCACCUACAAAUUUGUAGCUUUAGUUCUUUGUUUAUUCACUGCCCUGCCCUUUGCGUGGUUGCUUCUUUGAACUUUUCCUGGUCCCCAUGUCAUUACUAAACAUAUCCUCAGGGUGUACAGUUUCUAUAUACGGGUAUUUUUCAGAUUUAUUGUUUGAAAGAGGAGCAGCAAAAGGAAAAUGGAACUGCAGCUGUUGCAAAUGAGUCCACCACAUGUGAAGAACUUGGCUUUUAAGCGUCUGUAUUCAUUGUCCGUAACAACAUUUGGCUUAGCACAUUGCCAGUCUGUUAAACCGUUUUUUUGGUUUUUUUUUUCUGUCAUAAUGAGAGUUGAUUACAAGUGAAAUGGAUCUAAUUUGAGUUAUUUCACAUUCCUGUUGAUUUGACGUUACACCAUUUGUCAAUGCAAUUAAUUUUGGCCUUCAGCAACAAAUGUAGUUUCUCAUAACUGGGGUCUGUAUCAUCAUAUCACCUGUGAGACCCCAUUUGUGCAGUUACGUGAUGGCAGCACGCAAAUCUACCUCAUCUAGCCAGUCAGUGGCGCCUACAGAGUCCCCUCUACUUCCACUCUUGCUCUGCCAGACUUCUGUGGGUCAGCAUUUGAUGACCAGCUGAUGACUUUAACACCACUUUUAGUUCUUAGACAUCCAAUCAGAAAUGAUAGUGUAAAGGCCUUACAGUACCUUGAGAGGUGAGGUUGUUGUGCCCAAAUAGGGUGCUGACUGACCGUCACCAAGACGCUGUCGUGAUCAUCAGUUGUCGGUUUGUCACUGAGUGCAGGUGCUCCACAAAAGAAGCAAUCCGUCUUCUUUUUAAAUGAGUAUUUUCACUCUCAGUUUUUUUAAUGUCAUCUUAGGAGUACGAUGGACAACGUUACAUCAUAUGUCUGAAGUAGGGCUUGGUUGUACAGAUUGCAUGCCUUGCUACCUACAGGUUGUUAAAACUAGACAGAAGUAGGCCAUAUUCCAGUCUAGGUUCUGUAAUAGACUUCAUAGAGUUUGGCAGCAUUGUAACAGCCUUAGCAAUAGGUACAUAAGGCAUUGUAAGGAAACAUUUGAGGAACAGUGGUGGAAUAGGAAAACGCUAGACGCUGUGAGACAAUUUUAUAAAUGUGUCAAACAAGACUUGUCAUGGAUGACUUGCUAUUUUGUUAAAAUAGGAAAUUGUCUCAAUAUUUAGUGAGCCUAAUAGGGCCACUUUGGAGGUAGUGUGUUCACUUGUGCUGUCUAAUGUAUGAAGGGCAGUGAAGUUUUUGUCUGUGAGGUUGUGAUACUAUCUUGUGGUGUACAGAUGUGGCGUAUGUGCGUGUGUGUGUUUCUGGUGUUUGGAAUCGGCACCAGACGAUUGGAAGUGUGCAUUCAACUCUUCAUUUACUCUGCUGUCAUCCCUCUGCACUAGUGAAAACCAUUUAGACGUGAUUAAAUGUGAAUCAUAUUUAUUUGCUCUUUUAAGAAUUUUUGUACAUUUUUGGAUCUUGUUUUAAUAUAAAUGUGGUGUCUUUCUUUUUUUUCUUGAUGUUGAUUUUAAGCAGUUGUCUUUUACCUCAGUAGCAUGGUGGUAUUGAAAAAAAAAAAGACCUAUGCGUUUCCUUUUUAAGUGGCGUUUACAAGUUCUUAUCUGACUGACAUAGAUUAUUUUGGAAAUGGAUCGGA